UGUGUAGCCCUCAGUCAGCAGGGGAGGGAAACAGCCCCUUUUCCCUGGGGCCUGGGAGAGAUCAGCUUACACUUUCCAAGCUGAGUACAGCUUUCUUCCUCUCCAUCUUCUUACUGGAGCUGGCAUAAGAGCUGUGAGACCAGGGACCAUCAUCCCAUGGAUGCCUUAACUUCCAGCCUGGACAGUGAGAGCCACCAAAAGUCCUUCCCCCUAUCCUGCCCAAGACCUAACUGGCUCUUGACCUGGCCUUUCUCUUCCUGAUUGGCUGCUGCUUGCUUAGGAUCAUGACCUUUCUGACCCACUUGACGGUUAAGGAGGGCAUGGGGUUUUUCUGGCCGCACCUUGACGGCUCAUUCCAAAGGCUGUGACGGCCAGUAGAGUCUCCUGGCUCUAGGUGCCAGCUGAGUCAGGCUCCUUUGAAAAGUGAGGAGGACUCCUGGUUCCCAGUCUGGAGAGGUUUGGCUCAUGUUCUCCUGCUGGACUGAGGGACUGACAGCAUAGCAGGCAGAAUGAGGGACCUUCUCCAGUACGUAGCCUGUUGUCUGGCGUUCUUCUCCGCUGGGUUCUUGAUUGUGGCCACCUGGACAGAUUGUUGGAUGGUGAAUGCUGAUGACUCCUUGGAGGUGAGUACAAAGUGCCGAGGCCUCUGGUGGGAGUGUGUCACAAAUGCUUUCGACGGCAUCCGAACCUGUGAUGAGUAUGAUUCUAUACUGGCUGAGCACCCUUUGAAGCUGGUGGUAACGCGGGCACUGAUGAUCACAGCAAACAUCCUGGCCGCCCUUGGAUUCCUCUCUCUGCUGCUCGGCUUACACUGUGUGAAAUUCCUUCCUAACGAACCUCUCAUCAAAGUCCGCAUCUGCUUUGUGGCGGGAAUCUUGCUGGUGAUAGCAGGUGUUCCUGGGAUUGUUGGCUCUGUGUGGUAUGCCAUUGAUGUGUAUGUGGAGCGCACCUCUCUGGUUUUACACAAUAUAUUCCUGGGCAUCCAAUAUAAGUUUGGAUGGUCAUGUUGGCUUGGCAUGGCAGGGGCCUUGGGAUGUUUUUUGGCUGGAGCAGUCCUCACUUGCUGUUUAUAUCUAUUUAAAGAUUUGGGACCAGAGAGGAGCUAUGCUUACUCCCUAAGGAAGACCUACUCCCAUGCUGGGAUGUCAAUGGCUAAGUCAUACGUGCCCCCUCGAACAGAGACCGCCAAAAUGUAUGCUGUGGACACAAGAGUGUGAAUUCUCUUUCCCUCUUUGUGCUGCACCCACACACCACUCAAAUAUAAAUCAAUGUGGCGAGCUCAAGCAAUCACCAUUCAGUUUAGUGAAAUUAUCAUGCCAUUUAAUGUGCUCAAUGCAAGGGAAUGGUAAGAGCCUCUGAAAGCUUGACCCAAGAGCCUCGAGUCAUCAUUUUUAUCUUUGCUUCCAUCCAUUUUCUUUUCUCCUCUUCGCUCCCUUUUUCAUUAACAAAAGACAAUCCACUUCCCUUUGAAGAUCAAGUUGCUCUUAACUUAGAUCUGUGUUUGUAAUUUGUCUGUUGGCUUUACAGAUGGUGAUUUAGUGACAUUAAACAGGAGGCCUUUUUAAAGAAUGAAAGAGAAGGAGCGCGAUUAGGAUCUCGGCCACGAUGAGCUGCCUUCUUUCGUUCUCUUCCUCCUAGUUCCUUUUGGAACUAUGAAUCAUACAGAAACUAUGAAAAAAGAUAAAUCAGUCCCCCAAGUCAAUGUCAACAGCUGUCCACUUGCAGAGAAAAUGGGGAAAACAGGGCAGCUGCAUGAACCUGCCAUUGGUGGGAGAGUAAAGAUGAAACGCAUUCCCUUCUGCAUCCUAAAUGGGAGGCUGAACUAGAGGAGAAGCCCAUGGAUGCCAUCGGCUUUAUGAGUAACCGCAGAAGAGAUCUGUUUUGUUACUCUGCAGCUGUCUCCGAGACGGACAUGACCGAGGACUUGGCAGAAGCAGCAUGCCCCAAACACCAAGUUUAGCCCACCGAGGGUUCCACUAACUGUGCCCCUUGGUCCUCAGGAGGUCAGGCUCCAUGGAUGGCUUUUGCAACUGGGAAUCUCUCAUUUGAGCAGAUAUAAAUUUAGAUAGUUCUUCUGCUCUCUAGAGAUGUAUAACUCUCCUGAGAAAAGUAUGUGUCUUUGUUAAAAUAUUUUUUUGUAAGUGCACAAAAUCUUCAUAAUUGGAUAUUGUGACUUUAAUUGUGUCUCUAUUUAUGUCAUAAUGCUGAUGAGCUUCCUCAGGAGUAAUCAUGGGCAAAUGGCAGCCAGUGUGGUGGAAGCUGUGGCUACAAAAUAAACAAACUAUGAGCAUUUCAUGACAUUUUCCAUUAUGUUUCACCAUUCAUGUAUUUUUUACACAUAGGAUGAGCACUCUCACAGUACCUUUAGGAAGAGUCAUAAGCUUGUGAGUUGGGAUGGUUCUCAAAUAUCAAGGUCUAGUUCUAUUCUACAUUAGGUAGCUGAGGAUGCUUUGAUUUCAAAAGAUGAUCUGGGGGGCAGCUGGGUAGCUCAGUGGAUGGAGAGUCAGGUCUAGAGACGGCUGGUCAUAGGUUCAAAUCAAGCCUCAGACACUUCCCAGCUGUAUGACCCUGGGCAAGUCACUUAACCAUUGUCUAGCCCUCACCACUCUUCUGCCUUCGAGCCAAUGUGCAAUAUUAAUUCCAAGACAGAAGGUAAGGGUUUUAAAAAAAGAGUUGUCUGAUUUGACCCAAAUCACAUGGUCAUUGUGAGGCAGAAGUUCUGGGUUCUGGGUUCUGGCCUAGAACCCAGAAUGCUAGGUGGGUUCUUCCCAGACAUGUUCUUUCUCCUCUGCCUUACAGUCUCCAGACAAUUGAUAGAUGCUGUUGUAAAAUUAGAAAUAAAAAGUAAAUUCUGAGUUUCAGUUAGUUCAGAGUUCCAAGAAGAGUUUGAAGUACAAGAUAGAAGAGAACAAGGCUUUCCUUUGUCUUUUGUCCUUGUGGAUGUGGUCAUGAGGUGGAGGUUGACCCUGUUUUAUUAUAUGUGAAAGGAGGAGCAGCCUUUCAGGGGAACUUUUACAACUUUCUUUCCUUGUGAUUUUUAAAGCCUCUUUUUUCUAUGGAUGAGUGUGUCAGAGGACAAUGGUGAUUGUGGAAAAGGACAAAUGAUCAAAGCUAUUUUCUCAAUAAAAAUAUAUAUUUUCUGAUGA